AUGGAGAUUCAGCGGUCUCGUCGAGGAUGUGCCGCGUGCCGUAUGCGCCAUUUGAAAUGUGAUGAGGCGAAGCCCGCUUGUUUCAGAUGUCAAGCCGCGGGGAGACAGUGUGAGAAAGGACCGCUGUUUUCACAAUGGCGAGAACCCAAGACGCGCAGAAAACAGGGCGCCUACGUCCAUCGAGAGCCACGAAAGGAGCGUCGGUGGGUGGAGAUCCCUUCGACCCUGACAUUCGUGACCGACAGCACGAUCGAAGAGAUCCUAUCUCAACACUCGCCGAAGCAGCAGGAUGGCGAACCGACGACGGGCGCAAGCAAGGACUCCUCGCCCAUUUUUAGCGCGGGGGAGGUGACGAGCAUAUCUCAGUUGCUGUCCAACGAUCCCACCCGCUCCACCACAUUCCAGUGUACCUCCAUGGAUAUGACCUUCACGGAGCUCUCUUCGAUAGACUUCAUGGACAUGGGAGAUUUCGUAACAGAGGUAUCAACCACCGACAGUGACACAGGCAUCGCGUGCGAAACCAGAUCGUUGGAAGCCCGUUCAGGACAGCUGGUUGACCGCCACUCACUGAUCAAAGACCGGACGGAGGCACAUCUGCUACGACACUACUGCCAAAAUUUGGCUCCAUGGUUUGACGUUACAGAUUCCAAUCGGCACUUUCAGCUGGAAGUCCCUCGAAGAGCCUCGACUUGCGACGUGCUCCUCAACGCCAUCUUCGCCUUAUCUGCUCUACACCUCAGCCGAGUCUCUUCCUUGGAUCCAUCAAUCGCAGAGUCGUACCAUUCGCGGUGCAAUUCCCAACUGAUCCCGCUUCUCAACGAUCGGCAUUGCGCGGCGAAUGUGAAUUUACUGGCCACGGUGGUUAUCCUACGGAAAUACGAGGAGUUGAGUGUCACUGGACAGGAUCAUGGCCAUCAUCUCGCUGGUGUGUCGGCCCUGUUCAGCUCUCCAGACUGCCCGUUCAAUGACGGGUUGGCGCAGGCCGCGUUCUGGCAAUUUGUCCGCCAGGAUAUUUACAUGUCGUUACCGAGGAGGCGACCACCUCGAACCUCCAUUCUGAUCCAGCCACCCUUGACGAACGACAGAACGAUGCCAGACUGCCACUGGGCUAAUCGGAUGGUGUGGGGAACCCUCGCCAUCAUGGCCCUGUGUUUUCGGGACGAGCGCCCAGAUAUCGCGACGUACGAGAAUCAUAGCCAGCGGGUCAAGGACUGGCACGACACUAAGCCGACCUCGUUCACACCCAUGUACCGUCGCGAGCGAUCCGUUGUGGACGGUCGAUACUUUCCGGAGAUUUGGCUCUCUGAUCCAUGGCAUGCCACCGCGUGGCAGUACUAUCAUCUCUCCAAGAUCUUGCUUGCACUCUACAAUCCGCAUCUUCAGCGCCCGGCAGCCGACCUGAAAUAUCAGCGAGAUCAUAAUCAGCUCGAGCGCGAUGUCCUUGAACACGCCAGAUUCGCUUGCGGCAUCGCCAGCUCGAAUGACUUUGCCACCACGCGUUUCACCUUGUCUGCUAUCAUGCUUACCUGCGGUGGAUGGUUCAAAGAUCCGCAGGAGCAAGAAGCCAUCAUCGACUUGCUCUCUGCAACUAGCAAAGAAAGCGGCUGGCCAACUAAAUCCGUCAUUGAGGCUCUUAGAGAAAGUUGGGCCGUGGAAUAA